AUGCGAACGAGGAGCAGGCGUUUGAAGAACAGGAGCCGGAGGAGGAGGAAGAGGAGAUUCUUGAAUGGUCCUGGAGCUACGUGCGACAUCCAAUCACCGGUGUCUCUGAACCAGCGACCUGGACGGACAGCGGGAAGCGGAAAGCGUCGACUGGACGGGUGGACUCGGUCCAUCCCAAAGGAGACCGAACGCGCUUGCAGAACGUCCACAGCCAGACCGGCGGAGCAGGUGGCAAUUUGCAUUUUGAUGCCAUCGCUGAAUGGCUUGAUCAAUGGCUUUAGUUGGUCCGGACUGUCGCUCCACUACAAGGACAUGGGCUGGCCGAUUGCCCGAUCAGGUGUGGGGUGUGCCAUUGGUUUUGCCUUCCGUGCGGUGUUUCAGCAAGUGCAGCUGAGAGCCGGCUUUUGGGUGAUGGUUCCCUUGGGAAUUAUCCACCUCACGGCCGCCAUCCUUGGAAUCUUCUACACCACCGAAGAGUGGGCCGUGAUCGUAGAGAUUGCAUGCUUGCAGUGUUUGGAUUCCGCCAUUACCAUUGAAGGCUUAGCCUUUGAUGUGUUUGGGCUAUCGGAAAACUUGGCCCGCCAGGCCUCUUCUACACUGCUCGCUUGCUUUACGAUCUCAGUGGCAAGUGCCGUUACCAUUGGUGGUGUGAUUUAUGAUCUCGCUGGCUGGCAAGGCAUGUCCACCUUCCAUGCCAUUUGUCAAGCUUGCCUUUUGUUACUUUUCGUGACUCAGCCCAUGUGCCUCCUAUCAUUCAAAGAGUUCUUCUUCCCGCAGCCCGAGGAGCUGGAAGAUGAGGAGGACGAGGAGAUCACCACGGCAGGCUUCACCGGCGUUUUGCCUGUGGAAUCCACUCCCACCAAGAAAGAAGCAGGCCCCGCAGCGCUCGCCGCGGCAGCCGAACUGCCUGGGCAGCCAGAGCCUGUGGUUGAGGACUUGGAGGUGGAGGAGCUUCAAGACAUCCCAUUGCCUCCGCCCGUGCCCCCCAUAGUGGAGACUCCUGGGGCUGGAGCUAGUGCUGCUAGUGCUGCUGGUGCUGGACCAGCCUCUCAAGGUGGAACGGAAAGUGGAACGGCUCGUCCGAAAUUAGCAGGUCUGCGUGGGUCAAUGGCCUCACAGGGUGGCACAGCUCGCGGUUCUAGGGCCCCACGCGGCACCCUGAUGUCCACAGGCGGAGGCCAUCGUGGUACCGUGGCGUCCACAGGCGGAGCCGCUCGUGGCACGGUGGUGUCCGGACGUGGGUCCAUGGCCUCCUUUGCUGGUGCGGCAAGGGAAUCGCAAGUCUCACGUGCCACCAUGCUCAUGAACCGAGCCUCUCAAACGUCCUGGGCUCUGCGACAAUCUCAAGCUUCAGGUGUGUCAGGCGUAGCUCGUCACACCCGCGGAAGCCAGAUGAGCAGAAGCAGUGCUUUCUCCGCCUUGUCCUCCUUCAGCGACAACUUUCAACAUCACUUCGGCGCCAGCAACGUCUUGCGCCCCAGCGUGGCGCAGCGCACCGGCGGUGCAGACCCCGUGCGGCGGCAGAGUGUCCUCACGGCGCUGACCGAGCGCACCGAGGGAACGCAGGAGUCGGAGGGCCGAUCCAUCGUGGGGAAGACCAAGAGUACCAAGGGCGGCCUUCCAAAGGACUUAAGGCUUCCAGCGGCAUUGUUGGUGCUUUGCUGCUUCAACAAUACCUUCAGUUACAACACAGAGUUUGCGACAUUUGCAAUCUUCUUCAAGGAACACCAUGGAUGGAAUUCCGCCACCUUCGCCAGUAUUGCUCAGACCUCAGGGGACCUCAUUGCGGCGGUGAUGAUGAAAAUCUUGGGAGGAAGUGUGGAUGAUGGGGUCGACAGGACUUUCUGGCGAAAUCUAAUCUCGCAGCCCUACAAUCUCUCUUGGCUCCUGGCUUUCUGGAUCCUGUUCAACAUGGGGAUGAUAAGCCCUUUCCUGCCCUUGGCAGUAACAGCCCAAGUCUUCAUGGGAACGGUGUACGUUUAUACCUCCAAAUUCACCACAGACCUCAACCUAUUCUACUCCUUGGGCGACAGUGCAGUAUUCCUAUCUCUUCAAGUCUAUGGUAAGAAUGCCGAUGCCCUCGGUGGCUGUAUCUCGAGCUUUUUGGCCACCUGGCUUUACGAUGAGGUCUCGCCCUUCGCCCCAUUCUUCCUCAGCACUGUGGUCUCCUUCUUGAUCCUCAUCUUCUACACCAUGGGCUUUUGCCGUCGCGUGGGCUUCGGAGAUGACAUCGAGACGGCCGAAGCGAAGCGGGGCCGGAGGCUGGGACUCCGACGUGACAGCAAGUGGAGUGUGGUCAGCCGCAAGAGUACCUGCACCAAUCGGUCUGAAGAGAGGAUUCAAGAGGUCAAGGGGAUUCUGGACGACAUCCGCGAGGAGGCCUAG